CAAGAAUAAUAUUACGCAAUCAAUGUCAGGAGCAGAAUCUUUCGGAGUAGUUUCAAUAACAGUUAUUGUUGUAUUAUUCCUUUAUGCAAUUUCAGGAGCAUUCUUUGAGCAUAAACAUGUAAAGAGUUUAUAUAAAUUUUUAGUUUCACUUAAUUCAUGAGACAGGUUUAGGAAUAAUAAUGGGAGCACUAAGUGGAUUAAUAUUUCAUCUUUUAUUUAAGGACACAUUGAAUUCAUUAGUACAUCAUAUUUUUAUAGUAGUACAAUUUUAAUGGUACAUUCUUUUUUUAUAUUCUUUUACCAAUAAUAAUCUUUUGUGGAGGUUACAACUUGAAUAAAAGAAGGUUAAUUAUUAUUUAAAUAAUUUUAGAUUUGCAUAAAACUUCUUUUAUAUAAUGUUAUUUGGAUUGUUUGGGACUAUAUUUACAUUUAUUUUUAUAUUACUAUUCACUUACAUAGUGAAUAAAAAUAGUAAAAAUCUAUAUUUAAUUUUAGAAUUGAUAUAAGUAUCCUUUAGUGAUGAAAUAAUAGAUUUAAAAUUUGAAAAUAUGAUGAUAUUCGCAGCAACAAUAUGUGCAUCUGAUAGUGUAGCAGCAUUGACUAUGAUAAAACCAGGGAAAUAUCCUAAAUUAUUUAGUGUUGUUUUUGGAGAGGGAAUGGUUAAUGACGCUGUAUCCAUUAUUCUAUUCAUAUCAGUUGAAUUGAUAAGCGAUUAAAACGCAGAAACAUGGAAAAUGCCUUUUGAAUUAAUUUUGUUAUUUGUUGAAGAGUUUUUUGGAAGUAUGGCAAUUGGUAUAAUAUUUGGUAUACUUUUUAUAUUAUUAUAAUAUAGGAUUAUUUACAUCAUUUUUAUUUAAAAGGUUAAGAUUUCUUGCUGAAUCAGUGGUUCUUGAAAUAAUGAUUUUAUUAUAUACUGGAUAUGCUAGUUUUGCAAUAUGCGAGUUGUUAGAAUUAAGUGGUGUAAUCAGUGUUUUAGUUUGUGGAAUCAUUUUGGCACAUUAUAAUUUUUAUAAUCUUUGUAACAUAGGGUAAAUUUCAUCGAAGUAUAAAUUUGUUAAUAAAAAUUUAGAGUUACUUUAAAUUCAUUGUCAUUAUUUUGUGAAUCUUUUAUAUAUGUUUACUUAGGUUUAGCUUUAUGGGGAAUAAAGGGAGAUGAAAGUAAAGGAAUUUAAACCAUGAAAACAAGUUGGAUUUUCAUUUUGUUUGAAAUUGCCAUCUGUUUUGCAUCAAGAGGAUUAUCCUUGUUUAUGUUGACUAUGUUAGCACAAAUUUUUACUGGCAGAAAAAACUUUAAAUUAACCUUUUGGGAAUUAAAUAUUGUUUGGUAUGCAGGUAUCAUAAGAGGGUCUGUUGCUUAUGCACUAAUAUAAAAAUUGCAUUAUUCAAAUGAUGAAGAAAGAGAUUAAGUUUAACUCAUGUAGACUACUAUUUUGAUUAUUGUUGUUGUUACAUCUAUAAUAUUAGGGGCUCUAAUGCCUUUGUAUAUUGUUGGCAAUUUAUAAAUACAAGAACAUAGGAAUAAUAGAAAAAAAGUUUCACAUGGUGAAAGUAUCAGAGUUACUUUUCUAGGGGUAUAAUAAUUCAACUUACUAUUAGGAAAUUUAUGGGGGUAUGGGAGAAAAAGUUGAAAAUAACUAAAAAAAAAAAUCAAAAUUUUAUAAAUGGUUAAUUCAUAUAGAAGAAAAUUAUAUGAAACCUUGGUUUAUAUAUAAUUACAGAGAAAGAAAAGAAGAUAUAAAAGAGUAAAAGCAACUUUAAAAAAAAGCCAAUGAUGAAAAUAUGCCAAGAAGAUAAACAGUAUAGAUCCUUAGAUAAGAUAGCUAGGGAAACAAUCCAGCUACUAGAGUUUCUAGAGUUAUUCAUAGAUCUACUCUGCACACUAAAUAUAUGGGAGUUUAGGAAGUUAUUCUUGCUAUAGAUGUACCUGAAGAAGUACAAUAUUUUUCUAAUGAUGAAGAGUUGAAAACUCAAUUACAAGAAUAAGAAAAUAUCAGAGAAGUUGAUGAGAAUUUAGAAUCAUCGAAUAUUAAAUGA